GUCCAUUCUCCAUCUUUCCCCCCUUAUUAUUUAAUUAAUUUAUUUUUUAAGAAACCAGGUCAUUUAUCCUGUAAAGUUUCUCAAAGUCUGAAUUUUGCUGAGCUUCUACUGGCAUAAUUUAGUGUGUUCCUCAGCUCUGUAUUUGUGACAAAUUGUUAGUUAGAGGCUUAAUCAGAUUUAGAUUUGAUUGUUUUGGUAAAACUAAUUCAUAGGUGGUUUUACUGCAUUUACCAGGAGGCAUACAGUGGUGGUCUUUUUGUGAUAUUAGUAAUUAAUGGUGAUCGUUGUCUAGACUAGCAUUGCUCAAACUUGGCACUGUUGACAUUAUGGGCUGGAUAGUUCUUUCUCGUAGGAAGUUGUUCUCUGCACUGUAGGAUGUUUAGUAGCAUCUCUGGCCUCUACCCACUGAAUGCCGGUAGCAACUCCCCCAAUUGUGAUAACCAAAAAUGCUUCCAGACAAUUGUUAAAUUUCCCUUAGUGGGCUAAAUGUCCUUGAUUGAGAACCACUGGUCUAGGUUCAUUAAUAGAGGAUUUAGAACAUAAUAUUUUCAUUUGAGCCUUCCUUCUUUGUUAGGCAGAAUAAAUACCUCUACAAAGAGAAACUUUUACACAUUAACUGUUUGUUUCCUAGAGCUACGUUUCAUAUAGGAAAGCAAGAAAAAUGUUGAUUUGUUUCCCUUUUAUUUUAUCAGCUUUUAAAGUAAUGAAUUGGUUACCUAGCAUUUUCUAAAGGAACCAGUGAUUUUUUUUGGUACUAUUAUGACUAAUACUUUAACACAUAUAUGAUGUGUCUCAAUCAUUGGCAGUUUUUAAAUAUUUUGAUGCUUAAGUUGACCUAUUUGGCCAGUGAGAACUUACUCAAGUUGGCGCCUGAGAGUCCUUUUGCUAUGACCUUUUUAAGGUUUCUUGCUCCUUGAUAUGAUAAAAUUUUCCAGGCUCAUUUUGUGCGUUCCUAGACUAGAGCUGGUAUCAGCGAUUUUCUCCAAUGAUUCAUGGUCCCUCUUAAUUGGAAAUGGUAUUUAGAGAACACAUUCUGGGCACUAGGGAUGUAGGUUAUUUGACCUUAGGAAAAGCAGUUAAAUGAAAGCACAUAGUCAAUUACCUGUUCUCAAAACAGCCCCCUGCACCACCUUUUUAUAAAAAAUUUCAAACAUGCAAAGAAGUUGAAGGAAUGCACAAUGAACAGCUGUACCGUACACUCUCACCUAGACUCAACAAUUGUUUAUAUUUUAUUGUGUUUGUUCUCUCUCUUCUUUCUCAUGUGGUAUGGUAUGGUAGGAUAGGGCAUCACAUCAUAUAACUUUUUAAAAUCCUCACCCGAGAACAUGUUUCUACUGAUUUUUAGAGAGAAAGAGAGAGAAACAUUGAUCAGUUGCCUACUGUACAUGCCUCCAUCAGGAUCGACAUUCCAGCAACUGAGCCACACUGGCCAGGGCUCAUAUAUAAUUUUUAUUGUACCAUUUGAAAAAUAAGUUUCAGGCACUGUGACACUUCAUUAGCAUUAUCUGCUAAGAUCAUUUUCUAUGUCACCAUAAUACCAUUAUCAUAUCUUGAAUUACUUUCUUCAGUUAGUUUUAUUGUCUUCUUAGGUCUCUCUUGCUGUUUCUUCUUCAUCUUCCUGAUCUCUAAACAGUGGUGUAUCCACAGCUCCAUCAUUGGACCUCUUCUCUUCUCUCUACACCCGUACAUGGUAGGUCAUUCCAUAACUCCAAGGCUCUAAAUACUAUUUAUAUUCUCGUGGCUACCACUUUUUCUCUCUCGAUCCAGUCUGUCCUCUGAACUCGAGACUCCUGUACUCAAUUACUUCAUGGUCUUGGUUGUUACAGAACAUUUGCACACAUUGAUUUGAGCCUCACAACAGUGGCAGGGUGCCGAUAGUGUCUGCCUUUUGUAAGUGACAGAGGGGUUUAGGAUAGUAAAUGACUUGCCCGGUCACGUGAAGCUUAGCUUUUCUGACUCCUACAUAGUACACCCUGUGCCACGGGGAAGUGACUAGCAGGGAGUGGCAGGUCUAUUUGUUGAGUGGGUGAUGAUCCAGAUUACGGUAGGCAUUCAGUAAAUGUCAAGUUAUACUAGUGACAAUUACGAUGUCACCCUGCCUAGAGGCCUCUAGUUUCCUUUUCCCCGCAUCACCUCCCCUCGGACUCCCCUCAGAGACCCUCUUUCCAGUGAGCUCCGUCACCUUUAGUCAAGACUCACAAAGAGCGAAUCCACGUCUCCUCAGGCAGGUGCUCAGAUGAGGGCUUAAGAAGGAAGGGCCCUCUUUUGAGAUAGAACUGAAGAGACCUAACAGUUUCGCCCUUCCACCUCAGGCCUUCCUCGGGGUCCUGGAGUGGCGAGGCUGUACUGCCCCUCUUCCCUGCCCCCACGUGGCAGGACUGCACUUGUUUUGGAGUAGAGAGACCUGUGAGCCUCUGCUCUCAGGUUCUGCUGGCUUUGGCCCAGGCCAUCAUCACACUAGCGCCCCCUCCCCUCUCUCCUCCCUUCGCUCCACCCCUGCCUCUGGCCCCGCCCCACAGCCCUGGACACCGGGUAAACAGCCCAGAGCCUCUGCUCGCUCAAAGGGAAACAAGAGAGACAGCCUGUGUUCCCAUGGCUAUGGCCAGCACCUUCAUACCCGGGCUGAACCCUCAGAAUCCUCAUUAUAUCCCCGGGUAAGACUUCUACCCAGAGCACAGCCCUGCGUGCUUCCGGGAAUGGGGGUUUAGGGAUACAGGAGUUGUGCACCUAGACCUUGGGGGCCGAGUGGACACACCUGUACAGCAGGCCCAGGGCUGGGAUAUCGAUGGUGUUGGAUAGAAAAUGAAAAGCAAGGAAUAGUAGCCAGGCCGGCCACAAAGCUCUGUGUUGUCUUUUCCAUGGUAACAGGGUAGCAGCAGAGGGAAAUGCCUGCUCCAAAUGUACAACCAGCCGAGUCCAGAAAAGAUCAGGGCUUCAGAGCUCUCUGCUUCCGUCUCUGGGGAGGGUGGGCAGGGGGAAUCUAGAGAUGAGUGGGGGAGUCCUGUGCCACAGGUACACCGGACACUGCCCACUGCUUCGGUUCAGAAAAAAAAAAUGGGCAGAUCCGGUCAGCUACUCCGGGGAGCUCCUGGCAUAGCCUGGCCCCCUGCUCAUCGCAUACUUCUGCCUCCCAUUCGGCCUCCAAGAUCUCCCGAGGUUCCUCGUGGAAGCCUGCCUGUCAGGAGUGGGCACAAGAGGCUCAGUUCCAGCAUGAUCCCUGGGUACACAGGUUUUAUCCCCCAGGCACAGUUCAUCUUUGCCAAGAACUGCAGCCGGGUCUGGGCUGAGGUUCUGAAUGGUUUUACUCAGUGGCACGGAGAACAAGGGAGUCAGGAGCUGUCAAAGCAGGUCAAGGGAGAAGAUGUGGAGGAAGACCAAGAAUCAGAGCCAAAGCUGAAGCCAGAGCUGGAGGCGCAGGGGGCAGAGCUGGGGCAGGAGGCAGGACAAGCUUCCCCCUAUUCCAUGGAUGACGGAGAUCCCCACAAGUUCUUCAUGUCAGGUUUCACUGGCUAUGUGCCCCGUGCCCGCUUCCUCUUCGGCUCCAGCUUUCCUGUGCUCACCAACCAGGCACUGCAGGAAUUUGGACAGAUGUGCUCAAAGGGCAAACGCCAGAAGGAUCUCAAACAUCUCCCCCCACUUUCAAGGACCUACCCUCAGAACCUGGGUCUUUUGCCUAACUAUGGAGGCUAUGUGCCAGGAUAUAAGUUCCAGUUUGGCCGCACAUAUGGGCAUCUCACCCAGGAUGCUCUGGGCCUCAGCACCAUCCAGAAGCAGCUCGUGGCGUAGGUACCUGGACUUCAAAUUCCUUCUUCCCUUUUCAUGUAUCCCAGCCAUGCUUUUGGAAGAGAGAGAGAUGGACUGGAGGG